AUACCCUUUGUGUGGUCUUUUCCAGUGCACUAGGCGACAUUCUGCUUGCUUUUGAACAGUACUCCAAGCUUUCUUCUCUCUUCUUUCCUAUUUGCUUUUGGUAGAAGGACAAGCACUAAUGGAAGGCAUGGAGUGGAAAGGGUGUGUCUGUAGGAUUAAGAAAUGCGUUCUUGAUCUCCUAUCGAUGGAGGAGGAUCUGAUCGAUGAUGAUGAGGAUUCAUGGGAGCUGAUGGGAAGGGACCUUCGCCUUAAAUCCACCUUCUUAUAUUGUGAUCUCAACCAGGUGAUCUCAAAUGCAACAGAUGAGCACAAGAAGGCUCUCACUGACCUUGCCAACAAACUCUUCUGCAACAUGGAGGAGCUCGGCCAUGCAGUGAAGAGUCGAAGCAUUUCUUUCGAUGCAGGUUUGCUACAACGACACGGCUCAUGUGCUGCAGGAAGUAAUGGCGGCUCUAAUGCCCACACAUUAGUAUCCAUGGUCUUGACCGGCAACAUCUGCCCUUGCAUACUGCAUGAAUCCCAGAGAUUUGUAGAAAAAUGAUAAUCAACAUCAUCUAUCGCCGCAUACUGCACCAAUCUCCAAUUGCCACAUAAGACUGGUGAACUCGGACGCCGGUCAAAAUAGAUGAUGUGCAAGAUGGGAGAAUGGAGAUACAAGAUGAGAGUAGAACUUGACCAAGAGUCUUGGCUUGUAAAAGAAAUCUUGGUCCAUUCUGUUUUGCAACAAAUUGUAAUGCCAAUUUUGUUAUUAAUUAAUUUUGCUUCAAUUUCCUAAUGGUUGAUGGUCAGCAUUGUAACCCAAUUAUAGGUCAAUUAAUAAUUAAUUUCUCCUAAAACAUGAGAUGUAGCUGAGAAAUUAGAGCUUAGAAGGUCCAGGGAAAGAACACUUAUCACUUUAUACCAAUAGCCUUCAGGUUACUAGCUGUUCUGUCUGAUGGCUGAGAAUUUGGCUUCCAAACAACCCUAAUAACUAAAAAACAGUGCAACAUUGAGGUAUAUCCUGCGAUACACAUGGCUUAUAGACAGUGACAUCUCACUAUUGUCCAUAAAAAUCUUAAGAGGAAAUUCCUUAUCCAGUACACUUUGAUGGACAUAAUCCUGCAGUCACUCAGGACCAUCCAAAAAUUUUGCAAUGAGGAUGGUAUCUCCACUGGCAUUGCAGCUCUGUUCCACAAACUCCUCUCCAAGCUUUGCUUGCCAUCAACAGAGCUGCUCCAAACCAGAUCACAUAACCCAAAAGCUCCAGAGGAAUUCACCAGGAGAAGAUUCACAACAACUGCAGCUCUCACAACAUCUUUCCUAGUUAAGACAGUCUUCCCAAAUUUGAAUAGUGCUUCAUGUUUGAGAUUCAAUUUGCCAUGUCAGACCAGACACCAGAAGAGGCUGAUGGAGACCUCCUGUAAAUCCAGGCAAUGUUUCUAGGGUGGGAUUACGAUCCUCCGUGCAUAAAAAAACUGAUUUGUGCAAGAAUGCGAAAAUCGUUCAAUAAGUUUUUUAAUUUUUACCUUUGCAGCUAGAUUAUGCAGCAAGAGACAGAUGCAAGUGUAGUGCAAGAAUGCCAUAGCAACAUUGUCGUAAUUCUCAAUGAGAGUUUUUCCAUUA